AUGAAACCCAGGACAGAAUGGUCUUUAGCUUGCAAGUACAAGCAGCACUACAUUUACAGCAUCCAAUAUUCAUCAAGACAUGGCUCAGUCUUACAGAGGAGUUAGUAAGGAUGCAAAUGUUGAAUUCGCCCAUACAGGCUAUGGAAAAAAUGCAGUCAAGGUUUUGCGCAUAAAGAGGGAUGGAAAACAGCAUUUUAUUAAAGAAAUAGAAGCUAAUGUCCAACUUACCCUGAAAUCUAAGAAAGAUUAUCUUGAAGGGGACAAUUCUGACAUUAUCCCAACAGACACAAUAAAGAACACAGUCUACGCCUUGUCAAAGCUUAAAGGGAUUAAAACCAUAGAAGAAUUUGCUCUGGACGUUGCAAAUCAUUUUCUUACAUCAUUUGAUCAUGUCACUGAAGCAAAAAUUUACAUUCAGGAGGCUCCGUGGAAACGUAUGGAAAAGAAUGGAAUUGGACAUGUACACGCAUUUAUCUAUUCUCCUGAAGGAAUUCGUUUUUGUGAAGUGGAACAAAAAUAUGGAGGUCGCCCUGUUAUUUACUCUGGAAUCAAAGAGUUAAGAAUCCUAAAAACCACACAGUCUGGAUUUGAGGGUUUUUUGAAAGAUCGGUAUACAACCCUCCCUGAAGUGAAAGAUCGAUGCUUUUCAACUGUUGUGAACUGCAAAUGGAAAUACAGUACCUCUAAAGUAGUUGACUUUGAUAACAUAUGGAAAAUUAUUAAGGAAACCAUCCUUGAUAAAUUUGCUGGUCCUUAUGACAAAGGAGAAUAUUCCCCGUCUGUUCAGAAGACUUUGUAUGACAUCCAGGUGCUGAGUUUGGCAAAAAUUCAUGAGAUUGAAGAAAUUGAAAUAAUAUUACCAAACAAACAUUAUUUUACCAUGGACCUCAGCAAGAUGGGACUCACCAACCAAGAUGAGGUGUUACUGCCAUUGGACAAUCCAUAUGGGAACAUUGCUGGAACCUUAAGACGGAAACAGCAUUCAAAGUUGUGAUGUCACCAUGUUGUAUAAAUAGUACAAACUAAUUUUGACACUUGUUCUUCAUUUUCAUUCCAUUUAUUCUACAGUAAAAUAUUUGGGUCACAUCUUCAUUUACUUUUCAACAACAUUAUGAUAGAAUCAACCUGUGAUUAUUACUGUCAGUAUUUUAAUAAAUAUAUCUUGCUUAAGCAUUGAAA